GCCAAAUUUCAUUCAUGUAUCGGCCAUUUUAAAUUGCAGAAUUGGGGCCCUGGUUUCCGUUGGUCUCACGUCGUGGAUGUCAUUCUCCCUGACAUUCAAAGCUAACACUUACAUUAAACGAGUUCCAUUGUAUAACAUUGUGAUAAAGGAAUCAGAUUCCGAUCAACAAAUUCAAGCAUUUCUCGACGAUACCGCGAAACUUCUUGAUUCAUGUAAUGACGGCGGGUCAUUUCCUCGCAGCCUUCGUCUCCCCUCUCGCUCUAACAUCUACCCGUCUCAACAGUCAAGUUGUACUCAAGUUAAGUCAGUGCCUUUCACCAGUUGAGAGAAACCAGUGGCAUGGUGUGUCACGAUACGAUGUCUGUAUAGUUAGCGCUACUCAAAUAGUUUAAGUUAAAAUGUUUAACGCGAAUAGUCAUGUGAGACCAAAGUUCUUGUGUUUAGUGUAUUUUGUGUUGAUAAGUGUUGAAAUAUCAAAAUGCCUGGUGUUGCGCGCGUACCUGUCGCAGCACGGGCUGCACGGCGAGAUCGAGUUCUCGCACAAGAACGACACGCUGAUCAGCAUCCGCACCAACCUGAAGGCCACGCUGCAGUACCCGGACGGCGUGUGGCGCUGGACCGUGCACGAGUUCCCUGUCGACUACCGCGAGCUGGCCGAGGCGCGCUGCUCCGACGCCGAGCUGGGCCGCGAGCUCAUCGACCUCACCGAGGAGCUGGGCUACCUCAUCAUCCCCGGCAAGGACCACGCCGAGUUCGAGAGCAGGAACACGCUCACGGGGCCCAACGGGCUCUGGGGGAAGAGCAUCGUGCUGGAGACAGCUGACCGCGACCGCGUCAUCUGCGCCUCCAUACUCUCCACAGACAAGACGUACGAGAAGAAUGCGAUCGCCAGGUUCACGUCCCCAGUGGCCGGCACGCUACACUUCCGGUGGCUGUCCGCCAGAGAGUCCGACGAGUCCGACUCCUACAUCCAGGCGGACCUGUACCACACCAAGGCCGUGUCGGAGAAGUUGGAGUUCACGGAGCACAAGUGGAAGCUGUUCGUGACGGACAUAUUCGAUGCGGACAAGGGGAACUACGAGGACAACUGUAACGUGCUGCAGCUGGUGUUCGACCCGGAAAACAGCGGGGACGGGAUGAGUGUAGGCGACCUGGACAGCCGGCUCGGGCUCAUCAAGGUGGCGGCCGACGCCAACGUGCGGAAGACCAAGACGCUGUUCAAGGACGAGGUCAUCAACGUGCUGCGCGGCGACAUGGAGGUGACGCGCCGGAGCCUGUACGUCGUCAUCUACGACAACCGGCACUCCGACAGCUUCCUCGCCUGCGCCAAGCUGCGCCCCAUGCAGCCCAAGAGCACCAAGGUGCUAGUAAACAUGGACGGUAUUCGCGGCUCGGUGGACUUCACGCAGCGCUCGCCCUUCGACCCGACGUGGACGAACUUCCAGCUGGGCGCGUCCGACCAGGACUACGAGUCCAACCUGCGCUUCGUGAGCUCCGUGCUGCAGUACAGCGUGCACGAGCUGCCGCCGCGCAUCGUGCACGACAAUGUGGAGACCAUGUGUAACACCACCGGGGAGAUCUACAACCCCACUGGGGUUGAUCUGAAGAAUCUGCCGCCGCCAGGCAUGGGCACCCAGGACCAGUACCCGGUGGGUGACCUCCUGGGCAAGCACAAGGACCGCACGGAAUACCUGAACCACCGCUACCUGCUGCCCGGGCUGGCCAACGAGCUGAGCGGCGCCUACUGGGACCUCUACCUGCCCCUGCAGGGAAUCAACAGCGUCGUGCAUAGAGCACUCGUGGUAGACCGGCGUCCCCCGAAGCGCGCCGUCUGCGGCACCAUCCUGCUGUACGAGGCGGACACGGAGUACCAGACGCCGAUGUCGUCCGCGCAGGUGGUGUUCCGCUACCCGCUGGUGGGGCGCGUCGUGUUCCGCCAGCCGCAGGACCGGCCCUGGGAGGACACCACCAUCAUCGUCGAGAGUCUGGUGCACGCGGACGGCGCCAACGUGAACAACACGGGCGAGCACCGCUGGGCCAUCCACGAGCAUGCGCCGGGCGCGGACUACUACAACUGGUCGGCGCGCUGCGUGAGCGCCGGCCGCGUGUUCCAGCCGCACGCGCUCGACAUCGACACGCGCCACCCGGAGGCCUACUGCCGCCCCGCCACGCAGGGGCUCUGCCGCCUCGGGGACCUCACCACCAGACACGGCAUGCUGUCGGUGGCGGGGCGCAAGGCGGACGCGGCGCGGCUGACGCGGCGCGUGUUCACGGACCCGCUGCUGGCGCUGGCGGGGCGCCUCGCCGUCACGCGCAAGUCGCUCGUGCUCUACGACGACCACGGCCCCGUCGCGCGCGGCGAGCGGAUGGCUUGCUCCAUUGUGAACGGCCUGCACCGUCGCAAGGCGGUGGUCCGCGACUGGUUCGGUAACGGCUCGCCGGCGCCGCUAAAGGGCCGCAUCGAGUUCACGCAGCAGUCCGAGUAUGACGUCACCAACGUGCACGUCGCGCUCGACGGACUCGAUGACGUCAACAACUACAAGAUACAUAUCGUCCCAGUGGAGAAGGACCUGGAGUUCCCCUGCGAGAAGACGACUCUCUACGAUACCUUCAACCCGUACCACGUGAACAAGUCACUCAGCCCGCCGCCUACCAAAGGCACGGCGGACCAGUACGAGCUGGGCGACCUGGGCGCCAAGUACGGGCUGCUGGACGGGCGCGCGCUCAGCACGCACUACAACGAGACGCUGCUGUCGCUGUUCGGGCCGCACAGCGUCGUCGGCCGCGCCGUCGUCCUGCACACCAAGCGCCAGCGCCGCCGCGCCUGCGCCAGCGUGGAGCGCGGCUACAGCCCGUCCGAGGCGCGCGAGCUGCGGGCCAUCGCGUCCUUCCACCAUCCCGGGGGCUUCGCCAGCGGGUACAUCCGCUUCACGCAGCUGAUCCACAACGACGGCAGCGCCAGCGACACCACCGUCGAGGUCAAGCUGCGACACCCCGGCGUCAGGGACACCAACCUGACGCUGAACCACAACUGGGCGAUCUUCGUGAACCCGGUGGGCGUGGACGCGGCCGUGAAGGUGACCAACACGCGCUGCGUGGCCGGCGGCUACCGCUGGAACCCGUACUUCACGCAGCUCGCAGACCCGCUCAACCACGACCUGUACAACCAGGAGUGCGGCGCGGACAACCCGCUGCGCUGCGACGUGGGCGACCUCACCGCAAGACUCGGGACCAUCAACAUAGGCGGAGAGCGUCAGAUGUUCAUGGACAGUAACUUCCCACUGGAAGGGCCGGUGUCGGCCGUGGGUCGCUCCAUCGUGAUCUUCGGGCCCGAGCGCAGUUCCGAGCGCUUCGCCUGCGCCAACAUCGAGCCCGACAAGGACAUCAUCAAAUAUGUCAACAUCAUGAAGCCGCCCAGAUUCGUGCUGGGCCAGUUCCUGUCGGAGAUGCGCGCGGUGCUGGGCGCGCCGGGCUGGAUGCUGGCGCUGGACGCGCGGCGCACGCGCGCGCUGCACGCCGGCGCCUGCCUGCAGCUGCUGCUGCACUUCAGCGGCCCGCACGCCAACCGCCUCGAGCUGGACUUCACCAAAUUGCUAGCGUCGGGUCGCCUGGAUUCGCCCAGUAUAUUCAUCCCUGGGUACGUGAACACGAAGCGCAAGCGGACCACGUCGUACCGACAGUGCGGGACCACGGACCCCAACGAGAGGAAAAUACAGGCCAACCUAGAGGGGCCUUUCUUGUUCUUCGGACCCAAGUCUUUGGAGAAAUUUAAGCGACCGGCUCUCAAGUACCUGGACCAAGAUGAGCUCAUGCGGAUCUACGGCGAGCAGGCGGCGAUCGUGGUGUUCAACAACCAGGACUCGGUGCCGCUGUCGAGCGGCUACUUCCCGCGCCUGAGGAAGAUGCUGGAGGGGCAGGCCACGCUGGUGCUGCCGCAGGACUUCCUCGACGUGCAUCCCGACUACGUCAGCAACGAGACUCAGGUCCUGACUCUGCAGGGUCCGUGGUCGGAGCGCGACGCCCAGAUGACGGAGACCUUCGCCCGGCUGCAGGACAUCUAUGGCGCCGGACGAGUGCUGGGCAUCUUGGGGAACUCGGUAUCUCAGAGCCAGUCGGCGGACUACAUGGACAGUGAGCCCUGGUCGAGGGUGCGACGCCAGGUCUCCAACGAGAACGCUACCGCAAUAGAAGACGAAAGGCCUUCGAAGAUCAUGCAGAAGUUUGCGCUCUAUAAUGCUACGGGUCCCCCUGGCAAGGGCGCGCUUCUAUUCUCCUCUGGGUGGCCAGAACUCCGCCGCAACAACGGCACCACCCUCAGACUCAGCACACCAGUGGGAGAGCCUACCAUCAAACCCACCAGGCUGUACACCAUGCUCGUUGUGAGGUUCGUCGAUGGAGACAGCAGAGACAAGAUCACUCUGGAGUUCAGUUUCAAGCAAUCGGCUGGCUGGUGGACGGCUGUGGGAGUGGAAGUGAAGUUCGGUCUCGAAACGACGGGUAUCAGUUUGAAGGCGCCCGCGCCGCCUGAUGCCCCGUCCGCCGUGCUGGGCCGCUCCUACCACUGCUCGCUGCCGCUAGUCUACUCGUCAGAAGACGCAACGCUGACACUGCCAGACGUUCAGAUGCAGAUAUUCAUGGACAGCACCGAAAAGUUUGCCGACGCCUUUGACUGUAUUGGAUUUACAACUGUCCCAAUUUGGUCUGGCUUGAUGGUGUCAUUCAUCAUGCUGUUAGGGCUCGGCAUCUCGCUGUCCAUGAUCCUGGACAUCAAGACCAUGGACCGCUUCGAGAACAACCGGAGCAAGCAGCUGACCAUCACCGUCAGCGAGUAACACCUUCUCCAUCGAUGACACGCCGGCGGUCACCACACUCCAAGCUACGAUCGCCGCCGCUGUUCCAGUCAGAACCGAAGUAAAAUAUUUUUGUUAAAAUGUUUGUCGCGUUAUGACUAGACCAGUAUUCCAUAGCAUUCCCUUCUAUAUCUUGUUAUAGAAGGGAAUGUUAAAAACAAAAACCUCAACAAGAUCACUAAUUAAGACGUGCUUCCAACCAGGGGAGGCUACUCCUCGUAGGGCAGCCGCGCGCACACAGAUGUAACAAGAAGCGAGGUCCAGACCGAUUCUGGGAGUACAGACGUGAACUCGUAUAGUAUCAAAAAAAUGAGAGAGAGAGUAUUAUACGAGAGCACCGAGUGUUCGCGAGUCCUAUGGGCGUCGUGUCUGUGUGUGCGCGCGGCUGUGUCGGCUUGUCUUCCCAUGCUGGUCUGGGAACGAGAGAAAAACAUAGAAGGAUCAGCUGCUUAUCAUCCCGCGCAAGUCGUAAGAGUCGACUGAGGGAAACGGGUUAAAGUGGCGCACGGGGCGGCGAGUUAGCAACCCGCCGCCUCAUAGGGCGUCACCUCCAUCUCAACCCAUGUUGCUAGCAACGCCUCAGGAGCCAACUCCUGAGGCGUUGCUCAUAGAAUAUUUUUGUACUAAUAUAUUAAUCGCAGCAUAUAAAGCCGGGAAAACGCUUAGCAUAAGAAGUAAUGGUAGAUUCCUGUCUCUGUUCCUGUCCUCUUCUUUCUGUGUGUAGCAUUAAGGGUUAACGUUUAGAUUUAAGGUUGUAAAUAAUAGUAUAAGCAAUGUCUCGUACUAUAUGUAUUUUACGACAUUGUUUUACUAAAAAUGGUUAAGGUGCGUCAAAGCUGUCAGUGUGGCUCAUUAAAGUCCACACCAAUUGUGAAGCAAGUGUUUCAUUUAUAUAAACCUCGUAUGAAAAUACACAUCAGAUAAGUGUCUACACACUUGAUAGAAAUACCUAAUAUCUUAGGGGCAUUUUUAUCGAAGACUCGACUUACUUUAUGUAGAGUCAUUUGGGUUUUUUGUUAAUACUUCGAGUUAUUAAUUCAUGAGAAGCAAACUGAAAUCUUGUGUAUCGUAAAGACAGUUAGUGUAAGACGGUCAUGUAAGGAACGAAGUUAGAGGAGAGGCGAUGUUCUAUUGAACGUUGAAGUUUUGUCAAAGCGCAGAUCCCGAUAUGAAUUCUCUUCAACUUUACAUAUAAAUUAUUUCAGUUUAAUUUCAUGUCAAAUCAGUAUGAAAACCAUCAGUAGAUAAGUCUCGCUCCCUACAGGUAAGGUCUCCUCCUCGUAGGGCAGCCGCGCACGCACAGCAGCAAAGCGAGGUCCAGACCGAUUCUGGGAAUACAGACGUGAACUCGUAUAGUAUCAAAAAAAUGAGAGAGAGAGUAUUAUACGAGAGCACCGAGUGUUCGCGAGUCCUAUGGGCGUCGUGUCUCUGUGUGUGCGCGGCUGUGUCGGCUUGUCUUCCCAUGCUGGUCUGGGAACGAGAGAAAAACAUAGAAGGAUCAGCUGCUUAUCAUCCCGCGCAAGUCGUAAGAGUCGACUGAGGGAAACGGGUUAAAGUGGCGCACGGGGCGGCGAGUUAGCAACCCGCCGCCUCAUAGGGCGUCACCUCCAUCUCAACCCAUGUUGCUAGCAACGCCUCAGGAGCCACCUCCUGAGGCGUUGCUCAUAGAAUAUUUUUGUACCUAGAUAAUAAUCGCAGCUUAUAAAGCUGGGAAAACCUAGAGCAUAAGUAAUAAGUACAUACAUUAAAAGUCAUUUCUUUCAUGUGUAGUAUCAAAGGGUUAACGUUUAGAUUUAAGGCAAUAGGAUAAGUGUAAAUAAUAGAAUAAGUAAGCAAUGUCUCGUACAAGGUGUACUUAACGACGUUGUUUCACUUAAAAUAAUGGUUGGGCCAGAACCGUCAGUGUAGUUUUUAAUUAUUAAAGUCCACACCUAAUGUCAA